AUGCCACUGCAGUUUGAGCAAUGUUUCUUGCAAGUGGCGUUUCUCAACGCUUUGCCAGACCCUUGCCAACGCCAUUCCCUUAGUGGCUGCAAUUGUCCGCCUGCCCCUGCGUCAACGGUUUUGAACGCCGUUGCCAACGAUUGCGGUCUUUCAGCAAGAGCAUCAGCUAGAAUCACUUCCAGAAAUGUCAUCAGUCGACGUUGGGAUGACGAAAAAGACAGGAUCAUAAACGGAAAAGAGGUUCCAAUUGGCAAAUAUCCUUUUGUGGCCAGAAUCGUUGACGAGGACAAGCAUGCUUUGUGCACUGGAUCUCUAAUCCAUCCUGAAUGGGUUAUAACAGCUGGUCACUGCGUCAAAGGGUUGGUCCCAAAACAAUACAGUAUUGUGAUCGGGGGUCGAUAUGCUACGGAUGAUCAGUCAGACGACAAACGUGUUCAUAGGACACGGGGAGCAAAGGUUUUCCAACAUCCCCGAUAUGAUGAUGAAUCGGCAGAAAACGACGUGGGUCUGAUCCAAUUGGAGCGGCCGGGAGAUUCCGGAGGGCCCUUGUUGACCGGCACAGGCGUGAAUUCAGAUCCGUUCGUAAUCCACGGAAUCGUUUCUUGGGGAACACGAUUUUGCCCAAACACGCCAUCCGUUUUCACGAAGGCUACCUUGACUUCAUCCGUCAAACAACCAACUCCUCGUUCUGCAAGGUACACGAAGGUUGAAGCCAAGAAACCCCGAAAAGAUUCUUCAGACCAGUGACGAGGGAUGCAACUGGAAAAAAAUUUCGCAGAAACGAGAGACACGCUAAAUUCUCAACCUCCGAAAAAAAAAAAAAAAACCUCGCUCACAGAAUUUUCGCAUGAUAUUUCCUUAAAUUAGUCCGAAUUAUUCCCUGAACAGAUGCAGCAGUUGAUCUCAACUUGCACGAUAAAACGGCGAGAAACUACACAAUCUUUGAAGAAAGUUGAAGUUAAUAUGCAGAGCGAUUUCAAUCGAACGACCAUGACUGCGUUCGUAUCACACAGGCUGAACCUGCAAUUCUGCAUACAUGAGAAUGAAAUUACUCAGAAUAAACAAGAGAUACUUCGAAAUGUCGCAGGAGCGAGAGACACGCUAAAAUUUCAACCUCGGAUAAAACUGAAAGAAAGCCUCGCUCACGGAAAUUUUCGCAUAAUCUUGCCUUAAACUCGUUCGAAUUAUUCCCUGAAAAGACGACGCAGCAGUGAUCAACUUCCACGAUAAACUGCGACAGUCUCGGAAGACAAGUGAAGUCGAUAUGAAGAGCUACUUAAAUAUCAAACGCCCUUGACUGAGUUUGUAUGAAUUGUAUCACACAUGCUGAAUCUGCACAAAACAGAAUAAAAUUACUGGAAAUAGACAACAGAUGCUGCAACAGUUUCCACUUAUUCCGCACCAGCAUGACAAUCACGAC